AUGGCACUGCAGAUCUCUUCCCCCAACUCCAACUGGGACCUCUGGCUAUCGCCCACCGUCUCCCUCUCGCUCAUCAUCGAGUCCGAAACCGCGGCCCCUUCCCUGACCCGCUCCCUGUCCCAAUUCGUCCUCCUCGUCUUUCGCCGCACGCUCCUGCAGGAACAAUUGAGCUACGAGCUCUCUCAGCGACCGCUAGGGCAAGGAGAACAGGUUGGAGCCGUGUCGAGCACGACGUUGAGGGUCGUCGAUUAUGCUUAUCACAAAACUGUCGUGGGCGCUAGGGUCGGUGCUCGAGACUCCGAGCGAGGUAGAGGUCGGCUUCACUGACCGCGCGAGGAUGUCGCCUACAGAGCGAAAGCAGAGGCACACCCAUCUACCCGGAAGAACUCGCAGCGACCAUCUCCACCGACCAUGGGAUAGACCAAACCACACCCGUCAGUACCCGACCUCGGUAGAACCGGAGAAGAUUUUUAUCCGAACUCACCUUAGCCCCCUUCCCACUCUAGUCCUACCAACUCUUAGUCGUCUCCCUCGAACGCGUCAUGGCCAUGUAUCACCUCGUAGACAAUGUCCUCGAAAGGGCCGACACCAAGUUCGAAUCAACGCAGGAACAUGGACGGGACGAUCUGAGAGAACUGUGGAGCUUGUUGAGGCCGGAUCGAGAGUUGCAAGGUUUGUCGGGCAAGUGGUGGGUCGAUGUGAGUCCGGUUCAUGGUGAAGGUCGAUCUUGAGGACCUAUUAACCCCUACUGAUGUCGCCUGCGUGCUGGGCUUGCAGUUAGGAUUCCAGUACGUGCUCGCGGAGAAGUCUUUUCUUUCGAGAGGUGUAGAGAUUCAGAUCUGAUAGCGUCUGAUUCGGGCCCGGCAGAGGAAAUAAUCCGGCGACAGACUUUCGUGAUCUUGGUACCUUGGCGUGAGUAUGAGCGCAAGGAGCCAAGCUCACGACAUUCUAGAAGCUAACCCUCUCGUUUCGCUCCUCUUCCAUUUAGCCUUGACUCGCUCCUCUUCUUCGCACGAACGUACGGCCAUCGCGCAGUCCAAGUCGUCGAGGAAUCCGUAGAAGGAGGAGAGAACUGGUCGGUUCUUCGCUCAUUCGGACCAAUAGGCCGAAAGCAUUUUGCGCUGAUCGAAAUGGCUCGAAAACCCGACAGGUACCCGAUGGCGCUCGGGAUGAUGCACAUGACCGCUUUUGCAUUGGAUCUCGCCAAGUCGGCAAGUGUUCUAGCAUCAGUGCAUCACGCCUUCCAAAAGCAACAAAUAGAACUCACCAAACCCUGACCAUUGUUCCCGCAGCGCGACCUCCAACUCAUCCUCCUGCGGUCAUACCAAGCCCCGCGGUACGAACCGUUUUCUCGCUCUGACCAAGAAUCCGGGAACCUCGGUCCUUUCUUGGCGAUCGCGUCGGAUCUGUACCUGUUGUUCCAUUUACAUUGGUUGAGAGGAGGGUAUACGGUCAUGCGUGAGUUUUGGCUAAUCUCGUCUCCUCGACGGGUUCCUUCGGCGCUCUUCUCGAUCGAUCGCCUCCAGUGAAACGAAGAAGCGCUGAAAACGAAGAAGCGCUGACGAGAGACGAAUCUUCUUGGUUCAUCACUAGAAUUCGAACAAGUCUCGAAAGAGUUCCAAUCCGCACUAAGGCCUUGGAUCCGAAGAGGGGUGAUUGAUUCGAGGGCCUUGGGGUGGGAAACGGGCGAUGCGGGAAAGGUUGAGUAA